UGCAGUUUGGGCUGAGUUAAGCUUUUACGUGGGCUUGCACAGUCUAGGAGGCUUAUCGCCCACGCACUUGCCCUUUCCCAACUACGUUGCCUAUGGCGCUACAAGGCACCAUGCGCGCUCCAUGCAGCACCGGCCGGAUGGCGCGCCGUGCAGUUAAGGUGUUCGCUGUGGCAGCUACGCCCACUCCUGCACGGACGCCAGCUUCCACGGGCUCGGUGAAGCGUGCUUUGACGAUGACGGAAAAAAUUCUGGCGAACCACUCGGACAACUCCACCGUCAAGCCCGGCGAUAACAUCUGGACCCGCGUCGACAAGCUUAUGACGCACGAUGUAUGCGGUCCGGGGACUUUUGGAAUCUUUCAGAAGGAGUUCGGGCCAAACGCUCAGGUUUGGGACAAUGAGCGUGUGGUCAUUAUUCCGGACCACUAUAUCUUCACUUCCGAUGCACGCGCCAACCGCAACGUGGACAUUCUGAGGGAUAUGGCCACUAAGUACAAUAUCAAGUACUUCUACGAUAUCACGGACCGUAGCAACUUCCGUGCUAACCCGGACUACAAAGGUGUCUGCCACGUGGCGCUUGCACAGGAGGGCCACUGCAAGCCUGGUGAGGUGCUGUUUGGCACGGACUCCCAUACCUGCAAUGCUGGUGCCUUCGGCCAGUUCGCCACGGGCGUCGGCAACACCGACGCAGGCUUCAUCCUGGGGACCGGCAAGCUGCUGAUCAAGGUCCCGCCCACCAUGCGUUUCAUCAUGGAUGGCGAGAUGCCCGAGUACCUGCUGGCGAAGGACCUCAUUUUGCAGAUUAUCGGUGAGAUCUCGGUGGCUGGCGCUACAUACAAGGCCAUGGAGUUUGCGGGUACCGCCAUUGAGGGCAUGAACAUGGACGAGCGUAUGACCAUCUGCAACAUGGUGGUUGAGGCAGGAGGCAAGAACGGCGUUAUUGCGCCCGAUCAGACCACCUUCGACUACGUGCGGGCCCGCACCCAGGAGCCAUUCGAGGCCGUGUACAGCGACGGGGCGGCGAAUUACUGUGCGGACUACAAAUGGGAUGUGUCAAAGCUGGAGCCUCUGGUGGCGGCGCCCCACUCGCCAGACAACCGCAAGACUGCCCGGGAGUGCUCGGACGUUAAGAUUGACCGCGUCUACAUCGGCAGUUGCACGGGUGGCAAGACGGAGGAUUUCCUUUCUGCCGCCAAGCUGUUCUACCGGGCCAAGCGCCAGGUCAAGGUGCCAACAUACCUGGUGCCUGCCACGCAAAAGGUGUGGGCCGAUGUAUACACGCUGCCGGUGCCGGGUUGCGACGGUAAGACUGCAGCGGAGAUCUUUGAGGAGGCCGGAUGCGUCACGCCCGCGGCACCCAGCUGCGCCGCAUGCCUUGGCGGCCCGCGCGACACCUUCGCGCGCAUGAACGAACCGGAGGUGUGCGUGUCGACCACCAACCGCAACUUCCCAGGCCGCAUGGGCCACAAGGAGGGCCAGAUCUACCUCGCCUCGCCUUACACAGCCGCAGCAUCGGCGUUGAAGGGCUACGUGUGCGACCCGCGCGAUUACAUGUAAAGGCGCGAAGGUAAUGGCCUUGCUGACACCGCUGCAACAGCAGCGGUAGCGGUGUAGGGGCCCUGGAGGAAGGGGAGCAGGAAAUGCCACUGAAGCAGCGCGGGACGGCAACAGGAAGCCCCAUGCAUCCAGAAAGGGAGGGGGAAGAGCAGGGUUGUGGUGUGUCGAAGGAGGCAGCUUUGGGAAUAGGGACGGGGUGCCCGCACCGCGCCGGCGUCAAUAACUGAGCGAGCGUGACAAGUUCAGGUCGUCUACGAUGUGGAGUUCUCGUUGUAUACCUUGCGGGGGUGCAUUGUUACUUGUGCGCUUAGAAACGGGGGGCCUGAACUCGGAUGGUGCGGCGGGACAAUUGGCGACGUGUGCGUGAAAUGUGGACCGUGACAGCGCUACGGUGCAGGGGGAGCCGUCGGAGUUGUGCUACCAGACUGUCGAUAGCUACCAGCCAGCCAAGGAGGCGCGUACAGGGGGCUGUAGUCGGCUGCUUAUGUUUAGCAGCGGGUGGAGAGUCGCCACUGCAUAUUUCCUAAAUGGCGUGAAGGAUAAGGACUGUAGCGAAGCGGCCGUUAAACGCAGAUUUUAAGAGUCGGUGCGUAUCUCCAUGGCAGCUUCCGGCCGUGUAUCAGGGUGUGGCGCGGUGUUGAGCCGGGAGGUUGUGGUUGCGGUCACGCUGUAUGGGAGUAGGCUGUACGGCGUUGGCGCUACCGUGGGGACUGUCCCUGCUACUCACGCCAUGGCCCGUGGGCCCGUAAGUGAUUAGUGGUGCGGAACCUUUUGCAAGUACGGGCAAGGCAGGUGGGUUGUGAAGUGGAGAGGACUUUAAUGCCUUCGAGGUGGGCCAGAGUUGUUCAACAGCUCCGCGCUCCGGCUACUGUUCCAGAGCUUCACGUUACCGCACUUCAUUUUGGCAUUGAAAAGUAGUCCAAAAUGGAGGCGUAAAAUGGCAAGCACGUCCCAUAUACACCGAAGGCGUACUCAGCAAAAGAGCCCCAGCAGGCCCCAGGGAUUGCAUGGGCAGACGUAGAGGGUAGGACAAACUGUCGGGCAGAGCAAUUCUUUUGACUGCCCCGGUCGCACAAUUCCCGUGCUUCCCUAAUUCGACACCCUGAACACGCUAAUUCUGACUGUCCGAAUGUCCCUGCCAGGCCAAUUCGACACCCUGUCAGCCUAAUUCUGACUGUCGGAAUGUCCCGCCAGGCUAAUUCGUAUCCCUGUCAGGCUAAUUCUGACUGUCGGAAUGUCCCUGCCAGGCCAAUUCUU